GAUGUAUGAUAUAUGAGCUAGAUAAAAUAAUUUUGGAGCCUGUCUGUAAAGGAAAUCAAAUGACCCACAAUGCAGUUCGAUAACAACACGCAUGCGCUAACGUUCCAUUAAUGAAUGGUGAAAAUGAGUUCCAAAAUAGCAAGAAAAGCCCAGGCCAUUCAAUCACGGAAAAAGCGUGCCAAGGCUAAAGCUCGGUUCAAAGGAGAUCGUCAGACGCUGAGAAGAGAAGGUGGUCGAAGCUCCAGUGAACCAGAUCUGCGUUUCUUCCACUAUUAUUAUCCUUGGCUACAUCAUGGUGCCGUCAUUGUAUCUGAUUCACAUGGGAAGCAUGAUCCAAUUUAUGAUGAGGAAGAAGAGGAUGAAGAGAUUCUAGGCUCUGACGAUGAUGAACAAGAAGACCCCAAAGACUAUUGUAAAGGUGGAUAUCAUCCAGUGAAGAUUGGGGAUUUAUUUAAUAACAGAUACCAUGUUGUGAGGAAGCUAGGGUGGGGACAUUUCUCCACUGUCUGGUUAUGCUGGGAUCUCAAAGCCAAAAGAUUUGUUGCCAUGAAGGUUGUGAAGAGUGCCCAGCACUAUACUGAAACUGCCAUUGAUGAAAUCAAACUUCUCAGAUGUGUAAGAGAGGCAGAUGAAAUUGACCCAUUCAGGGAAAGAACAGUUCAACUGUUGGAUGAUUUUAAGAUAUCGGGUGUCAAUGGAACACAUGUAUGCAUGGUGUUCGAAGUAUUAGGCAACAAUCUACUCAAGUUUAUCAUCCGUUCCAACUAUCAAGGAAUCCCACUUAAAAAUGUUAAAAAUAUUAUUAAACAGUGUUUGCAAGGCUUACACUACCUGCAUGCUAAAUGUAAGAUAAUCCAUACAGACAUAAAACCAGAGAAUGUACUUAUAUGUGUUGAUGAACCCUAUAUUAGAAAGUUGGCAGCAGACGCAUAUGAAUGGCAAAAAAUGGGUGUUAAACUGCCCGGAUCAGCAGUGAGCACAGCACCUAGGGAAAAGCCAGUUGAUGCUGCAAAAAUGUCCAAAAACAAGAAGAAAAAGUUAAAAAAGAAAGCUAAGAAGCAGCAGCAGUUAAUGGAUCUACAGAUGCAGCAGAUUACAGAAGUGGAGCAGGAAAAGCUCCCUGAUGAACCAGAUCAGGAGCAAGAUGUAGCAGAAAAUGACUCCCAAGAUGAUCAGAGGAGAUCCUUGAUUGCCGCUGACACCAAUGAGCCAAACUGUGAUAGUAACAACAGCAGCAACCGAAAUAGCGUGGUGGUUGAAAACAACGAUGCCGAUGCUGCCCCGCCCACCAAUCAGCCUGUCAAUAACUCGGACACACCCACCACCGCACCCACUACUACCAGUGAUACACCAAAACUAGAUAACACUGUCAAUAUCACCAUAAAUAAUGAAAAUGACAUAAAUAUUCUCAGUCAGCAGAACAAUAAUGCCAAUCCAAACAAAUCCAGCGACAAAGAUACACUUGAUAAGUCAAGUUUAAGAGAACAAGAAGAAAACCUGAAAAAUUCCUCAGAAUCUCUGCCAAACAAUGUAUGUAAGAUUGUCGACCAAAAGGAAAACCUCGAUUUGAAAAAUCCAACAACAAUCACCGAUUGUGAAUCUCCAACAGUUGAAACCAGCAAAGGUAUAUCAACAUCAACGAGUGGCGAUUCUAUAAGUGUGUCAGUGUCAGAGUGUAACGGACAUGAUUCUCCAGUUAAGGAGACGGCCAGUGUGACGGCUGGUAAUAUUGACAAUGAUGUGAGUGUGACAAAUAACUGUGAUGAUAAUGUAAUGGAUCAAGAAUCUGACGAGCGAGGUCAAAGUCAAGAGGACCGAGAGCAGGACUGUGCUGAUGAUGACCAGGAGAAAGGCGAUGGAGAUGCAUCCUCAAUGAAUGAUGUGAUCUUUGAUCCAGUUAGAGAAAUCUGUGAGAUCCCAUGUAAACUGGCAGAUCUGGGAAAUGCCUGUUGGACUUAUCACCAUUUUACGGAGGAUAUUCAGACUCGACAGUACAGAUGUCUAGAAGUGUUGGUUGGUGCUGGUUAUGGUACCCCAGCUGAUAUCUGGAGUACAGCAUGUAUGGCAUUUGAGUUGGCAACAGGUGAUUAUUUGUUUGAGCCUCAUUCUGGAGGAGAGGAAUAUUCAAGGGAUGAAGACCAUCUUGCACACAUUAUAGAACUUCUGGGACCUAUACCUCGACAUAUAGCACUGUCUGGAAAAUACUCGAGAGAAUUCUUUAAUAGGAAAGGUAUGGCGUUUGGUUUUCCGUCUUAA